AAGUACACUGUCAAGAUGAAUCACUUACUCCUUGCCGCAGCGUGUAUGUUGGCGUUUGGGCAAGUAGCUUACGGCCAGGCUGUCAAUGGAAACUGGGGUGAUUGGCAAACUUGGUCGUCAUGUUCAGUGACAUGCCUUCAAGGCACUAGGUCACGGUCUCGAAACUGCGAUAAUCCAGCUGCGUCCGGUGGUGGUGCAGCCUGCAGUGGGGAUGAUACCGAGACAGCAAACUGUCUAAUAAUGAACUACUGCAUUCCUUCUUACCUCGGCAACACCGAUCUUAACUGUAGCUCGUCUUCGACAUUCGGAUGUGCUACUGGUGUGGUUUCUUGUAUCGAUAUUACCAAGCAGUGUGACGGUAAUUACGACUGUGAAGACGGAAGUGACGAAAAUCCUUAUUUUACCAACUGUACCACUAAACUUUGUCUAGGCAGCGGCGUGAACGACAUUCAGUCUACACUGAUGACAGGGAUGGUAAUGCUCGUUAUCUUGUUUGUAACAAGCCACUUUGUGUAGACAAACAAUUUGUUCAUGCCACUUUGAAAUG